GUUUCAGCGCUUUUACCGCCGCGAGGCGAGCAGCUCAUCCUCACUUAUUUAUUUAUUCUUAUUUAUUAUUAUUAUUAAGCGUUUUAUUUCUCUGUGAGGAGAUGCUGUGUCUGUGUCUGUACGUGCCGGUACCGAACUCGGACCCGGUGGAGGUGGAGUAUUUCGAGUCGGACGGAUUACCCUCCGAGCUGAAGUCCCUGUUCAAACUCAGCGUCCUGCUGCCCUCCCAGGAGUUCAGCACCUACCGCAAGUGGAGGAAGAAGAUUCUAAAAACAGAAGAACAAGACAAGAAUGGACAGCUGGACUUUGAGGAGUUUGUUCACUAUUUGCAGGACCAUGAAAAAGACCUGAAGCUGGUCUUUAAAAGCCUGGAUAAGAAAAAUGCAGGUAAAGCUAGUGCGUGUGAGAUUGUGGAGUCCCUGCGGGAGCUUGGUGUUCAUAUCUCUCUUCAGCAGGCUGAAAGUGUUCUUAAAAGCAUGGACAAGAAUGGAACGAUGACCAUCGACUGGAACGAAUGGAGGAACUAUCCCUCACAGCAGCCGACAGACAACAUUCCAGAGAUCAUCCUCUACUGGAAGCACUCCACGAUCUUUGAUGUGGGGGAGAACCUGAUGGUGCCAGAUGAGUUCACUACAGAGGAACGCCUGACUGGUAUGUGGUGGAGACACUUGGUGGCAGGUGGAGGUGCUGGAGCUGUGUCCCGGACCUGCACUGCUCCACUGGACCGACUCAAAGUGCUCAUGCAGGUGCACGGUUCGCGCUCCAGCAACAUGUGCCUCAUGAGCGGACUCACCCAGAUGAUAAAGGAGGGAGGUCUGAGGUCUCUGUGGAGAGGAAACGGCAUCAACGUCAUCAAGAUCGCCCCGGAAUCUGCGCUGAAGUUUAUGGCUUAUGAACAGAUCAAACGUCUGAUGGGAAGUGAAAAUGAGACCCUGAGGAUCACGGAGCGUUUUGUGGCGGGCUCUCUGGCAGGAGUCAUCGCCCAGAGCACCAUCUACCCCAUGGAGGUUCUGAAAACUCGGCUGGCGUUGAGGAAGACUGGGCAGUACACCGGCAUCUCCGACUGCGCCAAGCAGAUCCUGAAAAGAGAGGGCAUGACGGCGUUUUAUAAAGGCUACGUACCAAACAUGCUGGGUAUCGUCCCGUACGCUGGCAUCGAUCUGGCCGUUUAUGAGACUCUGAAGAACACGUGGCUGCAGCAGUAUGGUACAGACAGCACUAAUCCUGGUGUUUUUGUCCUGCUGGCCUGUGGCACCAUCUCCAGCACGUGUGGUCAGCUCGCCAGCUACCCCCUCGCUCUAGUCCGCACCCGCAUGCAGGCACAAGCUACAGUGGACGGGUCUUCACAGGUCAGCAUGUCCGGCCUCUUCAAACAGAUCAUGAAGACUGAGGGUCCUACAGGACUCUACAGGGGCAUGACCCCAAACUUCAUGAAGGUGAUCCCAGCCGUGAGCAUUAGCUACGUGGUGUACGAGCACAUCAAAUCCACACUGGGUGUGCAGUCGAGAUGAGCUGAGCUACCAGGACCUUCAGUUCCCACAAGUAAAGCCCAGGAAAGAAGAAUAGAGGAGGAAGAUCACGAAGAGGAGGAGGAGGCUAAGCUAGGAGCCGGUGGGUGAGAAUCUCAGGGUCGUGAACCUGAGGUGUGAAGAUAAAGCCCUCUCAUUCUGUGAAUGCAACAAGAGGGGUUAAAGGCGUGAUCACAGAAGGAUGUGACGCACCUACAGCAGAUAAAGAACAUUUCUCAUAUAUUAUUUAAAGUGUUAUUUAAUAUUGUCUUUUGUAAAAACUGGGACCAAAACUUUGCUUUGUUAUUUUGAGCAAGACCAGGGCUAACCUAAUGAACUACGUGCUUUACAGUGCCUUGCAAACUGCCAGUGGAAUCACUGGAAUAAAAAGGGAGAAUUUCAUUCACUUUUACAAAACUACUGUAGUAUAAAGCUGUUGUCCUUUUUGUUCAGUUCAAAGCAAAAAACUGCUGUUUAAGCCUGUGAACACCAUCUGUUAUUCUGUCAUCUUUUCUUUUGUCCCAAGGACAGUAAAGCAUUUGUUAUAUAACACUACAGACAACACACACACACACAUGCUUUGAUUUGUUAUUAUUAGUAUUAUUAUUAAUGUUAUUUAAAUUAUUAGCAGUUAAGUUCAUACUGCCUGUAUUUCUAAUGCUGCUAAUUAAUUACUUCAAUAUGUGAUAUAAAGUUAUGUUCGUAGAACCAGAUCUUUGGUGCUUUUUGGUGCUUUUACUGGAUUUAACAUUGAUUUAUCAUUUUAGAUCAAGUUCAGUAGUGUAUAAAUAAGUAUAGGUACCUGGGUAAAGCUGUACUGAUUAUGCAUUAGUUUUUGCUUUUUUUGCAUAAGCUAAAGCUCAUGUUUUCUGUUAAGAAUCCACCCAUUUUUUACACUGGCUCUGUGUCUUGCGAAGAAAUGUGUUUUUGUUUGAUUGGGAAAUUAAUGCACUUUAAUUGCUUUCGUCACUUUUGAAUGAAUGCUCUUUACAUUAUAAAGAACACAUUUCACAAAUUACUAGGUGUCUUUUUUUUUUUUUUUUUUCAUUAUUAUUAAAUGUUGGGACCAUUUUUGCUUUAAUGUUAAAGAUCUACACGUGACAGUUCAGCAGUAUUAAAUAGGAUGGUGAAUAAUUGGGUCUGAAAGAAAAGCAAGGUGUUUGUAGGAAGGUUUCGCAGGUUUUGAGUUGGUUUGACAUCUUCACUCCUCAGAUGUGUAAACGAGGGGGAAUCUGUAAGUUCUUUAUGAAGGAAGCAUUCACACGGAUAACACGUUCUGUUUAUUAUUCAGUGUUUUUCUUGAGUGUGAGAUGAGGGGAAAUUGUAAGAAAGGUCCGAAGUUCUGAUGUCUUAGUAGUGUUUCUAAUUUUAUGUUCUUUAGUUUGUUUUUUUGGCAACAGGAGCAAGUGAAAAGCUGAGAAAAGUUGGAAUGAAUGUUGACGUUAAAUGUCUGUGUUCUGUGAGAAUACCUGUUUGUACUUGGAUAGUAAAUAAACAAAGUCUAUUUUUUAACUUAA